CUGGAUGCGAAGGUGGGCCAUUAUUACUCACAUGCGCCAGCCACCAACUCGACACCGCUAGUUUGAAUUCGUUCCUGUCAACGCCAGCAAAGACGCCUCGAGGUCGGUGACGGCGCCACUUGCCAUGAUGAAUCCAAGCCACAUUAGCAUGCGCCACCUCUUGUCGUUCCACGUGACCGAUGACGAAGUUGCUCCCGAACACAGCACCGUGCUGGAGUGGUCGAAGCCGACGGUACUACCCCCGCUCGUCCAUGCGAUCUCAACCAGCCCGACACAUUCGACGUCGUCGGACCACAUGCCCCUCGAUUCGAUGCGACUUUCCACUAGCUUGAGGAAUUCUUUUCGGAAAACGUGCAUCGAGCCAGCAUGCAGUCGCGUUCCGCGCUCCCGCGGUCUCUGCAAGCGCCACGGUGGGGGUAAACCUUGCUCUGUCCUCGGUUGUUCAAAAGAAGCGCACAAUGGUGACUAUUGCUUUGGCCACGGUGGCGGCAAAUGCUGCAAAGUGGACAGUUGUCCCAAUGCAGCUCAAUCGCAAGGUCUGUGCAAGGCCCACGGUGGGGGCGCCAGGUGCAAGUACGAGAAUUGCGAUAAAAGCAGUCAGGGGGGCGGAUAUUGCCGCGCGCAUGGCGGGGGCAAGCGGUGCCUAGAGCCUGGAUGUACAAAAGGAGCUCAGCGGGGCAACCGCUGUGCCAAGCACGGGGGAUGCCGCCUGUGCACUGUUCAAGGAUGCACCCGCACUGACCGAGGCGGAGGAGUGUGCGAAACCCAUCGCCCAGACAAGAUCUGCAUCGUCGACGGCUGCAAACGGCUCGGCAAGACACUCGGCAUGUGCACAGUGCACAAUCGAUUAGCUCGUGUAUCAUAAACCUUGUGCUGGUUCCAU